AUGAAAGAACAGGGCGUAGAACCCCAAAACAACAGCGCCACCGGAGAAAUCAUCUACUCACCGCGCCAGCGUUCCCAACUACCCCCAGAAUACCAGAUGGCCACCUUCAUCGCCAACCACUCCGACCGAUUCAUCCGGGAAAACACACACCGCCCGUGGCUCCUCGUAUUCAGCACAUUUGAGCCACACCCCCCAAUGACCGGUCCCUAUGACGGCAUGUACGACCCCGAUACAUUACCAGUUGGCCCCACCUUCCUCAAAAAACCCGAAGGACACGCCUUAUUUAACCGCGCACGCGCAGAACACUACCUCGGCAACACAGUUGAAGGCGAAGACCUGCGCGAAGAAAAAUCCUGGCGAAAAUUGCGGGCACAAUACUACGGCAACGUAAAAAUCAUCGACGACGCCAUAGGCCGCAUGGUACAGGCACUGGAAGAAACCGGACAAAUGGAAAACACCAUCUUUGCCGUCACCAGCGACCACGGCGAAAUGGCAGGCGACCAUGCCAUGCUGGAAAAACGCGCAUUUUACGAAGAAUCUGCACGCGUCCCCAUGAUAUUGAGCGCCCCCUAUCUCACCCAAUCGCAAAAACGCAUCGACGGCGUCUUUGGACACGCGGACCUGAUCGCCACCCUUGUGGAACUGGCCAAUCAGCCCCUGCCAGAAUCCCUUCCGGGCCGCCCGUGUGCCGAUGUCUUAAACGGCGAAGCCAACCUGCGAGACCACACCGCAUUCAUGGAAUGGAACGGCAUUGGCGACCGCAAUUUGGGCAACCCAAAAAAUCAACCUCAUGGCCACCUUGCCCUGGCGCUGUGCCGUAACCGGAGACCGGUGGAAACUCAACCUGUGUGCCGGCGACCAGUGCGAAUUAUUCGACCUGAACAACGACCCUUAUGA